AUGGCAGCAAUGAAAAAACUAACUUUACCGAAAUCGGUACUAGACAUGAAGUUUAUGAAAAAAUCUAAAGAAAGAAUAGAAAAUUCCAAGGAUCAUGAUAACUUAUAUUCAGGCGUUAUAACGAAUGACAUGAAGCAAGCAUCUGGAAAUUACAUUGCGGAAUCUAGUUUCAUCUAUUGUACUGAUUUGUUAGAAGGUAGACUAUCUUUUAAGGGUAUGAAUCCAGAGAUUGAGCGUCUAAUGGAACAAGAGAAACCUAAAGAAAAGGAUGGCGAUAUGCAAAAAGAUGUAUCUGAUGAAGUUUUAGCUAAAACAAUGGAGAAGUUUAAUAAAAGAAAGAGGCCAUUUAGUCCAAGCAAAUAUAACUAUAUUAAAAAGAGAAAAUAA